UCUCUCCUCAACUUGAUACAUCAAUCCAAAACAAACCUGCAACAUGCACCUCCCGGUCCUCGUUGUGUCCGCCCUGGCCCUCAUGGUCAACACUGCGAUCGCCUCUCCUGUUCCAGCCCCGACACCAGCUAUUCCUAAGCGCCAAGAGCCUGCUUGUUGGACUUCCUGUUCGAAGGAGGCGUUUGAGUGUCCCAAGCCAUUCGACUCGAAGCAUCGUGGGGAUUGCUGGACAUGUUGCCUGAAUUAGGUGUAUUGUCUACGAAGUUCUACGAACACAAUAAAGG